AUGGUACAGCUUUUGAAUAAUGUCCGUAGGCAACUACAAGAGAGAGAAGGACAACUAUCAGAAAAAGAUCGCCAACUAAGAGAGAGAGAUGAACAACUUAGGGAGAAGACACAGCAAUUGACAAAUACUCAAGGGAAACUAACAGAGAGAGAUAAACAACUUAGGGAGAAGACACAGCAGUUGACAAAUGUCGAAGGGCAACUACAAGAAAGAGAUGGAGAAAUGAGGGAGAAGACACAGCAGUUGAAAAAUACCCAAGGGCAACUACAAGAGAGAGAUGGAGAACUGAGGGAGAAGACACAGCAAUUAUCAAACGUUCGGAGGCAACUAGAAGAGAGAGAUGAACAACUGAAGGAGAGGACACAGCAGUUGACAAAUGCCCAAGGUCAAUUACAAGAGAAAGAUGAAGAACUGAAGGAGAAGACAGAGCAGUUGAAAAAUGCGGAAGAACAACAACAAGAGAAGGAUGAAGAAGUUUCUUCCUUAGAGAGGCGGCUGGAGGAAAAAAAACAGCAGGUAGACGAACUGGAAGAGUCUCUUUCAGCAACUUCACAGGCGUUAAAUAAAUUUUCGCGCCAACAAUCACCUGACUGGGUCAUUCCACGUGAUCAGAUUCAACUGACAGAGAAGUGCCUUGGUAGGGGUGGCUGGGGAAUUGUAGUUAAAGGCAAAUAUUGUGGGUGCACUGUUGCCGUGAAACAAAUCUAUGACGAUCUUUUGAAAUCUUCCUCAUAUUAUCGGGAGUUGUUCGAGAGAGAAAUGAAUAUUGCCUCCAGAUGUCGCCAUCCUUGUUUGCUUCAGUUUAUUGGAGCAACAAACGAUGAAGGAACUCCUUUGUUUGUCACAGAGCUCAUGGAAACAAGUUUACGAGCACUGUCAGAGCAGCGAUCUCUUUCUCCUACUGAAGUGUCUGUCAUCUCUUUAGACGUGGCUCAAGCAUUAAACUAUCUUCACCUGAAGAAGCCAUCCCCCAUCAUUCACCGCGACAUCAGCAGUGCCAAUGUGUUACUGUGGCGAGAAGCUGACCAAUGGCGAGGCAAAGUGUCGGAUUAUGGCACGGCUAAUUUCAAGCGAGACAUUAUGACGGCUUGUCCUGGUUCUAGGAUAUACAGUGCUCCUGAGGCACUUACUGAGAAUCAAACUGAGAAUCAAACUUUGGGUUAUAUUUCUGAAUUGUUUAUUUGUAUGUGUACAUUUGUAUAUUUGGGUUAUAUUUCUUUGAAUUGUUUAUUUGUGGCGAACUAGAUUAGACAUAAAUAGUCUCAAAACAAGGUUAAUGAGAAAAAGUGAACUUCAACGUCUUGAGAAGAACACUUAUAUCAAACUUAAACCUUUUGCAGCCAUUGAUGAUGAACUUAGGUGUACUAUAAAUUUUUUUUUUUAAAGCUGUAAUUUUGUUUUCGAGCAUAGGUUGAUGUGUACAGUUUUUUUUAAAACUGUAAUUUUGUUCUCCUCUGUGAGAUUUUGCACCCGGAAAACUACCAGAUCCUGACAGACGCGACGAGCAAGUUGCCAUGGUGAAAAAUCGAACACUGCGAGCUCUCAUCCGGAGAUGUCUGAAACGAGCUCCUGGAGCGAGACCCAGCAUGGAGGACAUCAUCGGUGAACUAGAACAAUCAAUGUUAGAUUAG